UUUUGCAGGCCUCUGGCACUAUCAAAUAAUUAGUAUUUAAAGGAGUAAUGCGUAUCUCAGUUCUUUCCCUGUCACAGCUUUUAUCCAUCUUAUAGUGGUAGUAUUGUUAACUAGUUGGUUAAAUAUGGCUCGAAGCUCUGCAGCAGCGUCGGAAACAUGGCGCAGCAACCUGAAGGUCAUUGGAUAUUGUUUGAUCGUGGCCUUUGCUGCGACCAACUUUGGUUUCGAUCAGGGCGAAACCGGUGGCUUCUUUGCCAUGGAGCAAUUUGCUAAAGACUUUGGCGUGUAUGACGCAAGCACGGACUCGUACGGACUCACAGCCGGGUCCAUCACUUGUAUGUAUGGGCUGGAGAUUGGCGCCAUGGCCCUCGCAGCGUUUGCGUCCGGUUUCAUCGGCUCUCGAUGGGGUCGUAAGCUGGGACUCGUCCUCUGCGCAAUCACCGGCCUGAUCGGCGCAGCGCUGCAGAUGGUUGCCAGCUGGCCCGCCCAACUGGUUGGGCGUAUCUUCAUGGGAGCUUCCAUCGGCCUGUGCGGCAACUUUACCAUCCCAUACUGGAGUGAAGCCGCCCCGGCAGGGAUCCGCGGUAUCGUCUGCAUCUUCUACCAGCUCUUCACCAACAUUCCCAAUUUCAUCGGCGCGUGCGUCGAUCAAGCCACCUAUGAGAUGCCGAACCGGUGGUCGUAUCGCAUUCCCCUGCUCACAACAAUGAUCAGUCCAUUGCUGCUGUUGUCAUUGGUGUGGAUUGUGCCAGAAUCCCCACGCUGGCUUAUUACCAAGGACCGGGUGGAGGAAGCGAGAAAAUCCUUGCGCAAGAUUCGCGGCAAGACGAUCCCCCAGGCAGAGUUGGACCGCGAACUGGACGAAGCCAUCGCGUUCACGGCGCUUGAAAGGGAGCUGGAAGAGUCCACCUCGUAUCUCGAGUGCCUCAAAGGCACGGACCUCCGCCGUACGCUCAUUGCCUGCCUGGCGAUGUCCGGCCAGCAGCUCACUGGGAUUGCCUUUGUGUCCGGAUACUCGACCUACUUCUUCGAGGAGGUAGGUAUCUCCAACAGUUUCCUGGACACAGUUAUUGUGGACGCAUGCACCAUUGCAGGGCCUGUCUCAGCCCUCAUCCUCUGCCGGUUUGUGGGCCGUCGCCCUAUCUUACUGCUGGGUACAUUCAUCUGCGGCUUCUCAAUGUUCGCGUUGUCCAUCGUGUCGCAGGCGGCACCAAAUAGUACCGCAGCGGGCAACUGCUUGGUUGCUUUCACUUGUAUCUACUCAUAUUCGUACGGUCUGUCGUGGGGUGCUUUUGGUCCAGUGGUCAUGGGUGAAAUCCCAUCCAACCGACUCCGGUCCAAGACCAUCUCCUUGUCCCUGACGAUCAAUUGGCUGUGGUGUCUCGCCAUUAUCACCUCGGUUCCAUACCUCUUGAGCGCGGAAUAUGCCAAUCUGGGCACCAAGCUUGGAUACCUGUUCGGAGCGAUGAAUGUCGUUCUGUUGAUCAUAACUUGGAUCAUCGUUCCUGAAACCAAGGACCGCACCCUUGAAGAAAUCGACGAGAUGUUCCUGAACGCCGUUCCCACCAAGGAAUUCAAAUCAUAUGUCUGCACUGGAGAAGCUGCAGGAUAUGAUAUUAGAGGGAUGAAUAAGGAGAAGGAGAGAAUUGAGGUCGUAGAGGUCGAGAAUGCGUAGUCGAAACCUGCUUCUCAAAAUUAUUGGAGGCCUCAAUAAUACAAAUCACUGCCUCUGGGUUGAGAAUGAUAUGCAAACAAAACACAGUAUCUCUCAUAGAAAGAGAAUUCAUCUUCAUGGAAAUCUCAAGAGCACCCUGUAGCCCAUAAAAGCCCCUGACCCGGUGGAAAGAUCUGAGCCUAUGGUCAUGGAUAGGGAGGUGUUGGUUGUGCUUCAGAACCAAAAGAAUAAGCACUUAAUUAGCCAUUAAUCGAAAUUAG